AUGUCGUGGAAGCUCACAAAGAAACUCAAGGAGACGCAUCUGGCGCCCUUGGCCAACACUUUCAGCCGUUCGUCUUCCACCUCGACCAUCACUCCUUCUGAGUCUACUCCCAAGCCGCCAAACAGUCCGCUGGCCUCGUCCACUGCCGUCAACGACCCCAAUGGCAUCGCCGCUUCCGAAGCCAAUUCCUCGCCUCCUGCCCCACCUCUCAAGCCUGGUAUCCUGAUCCUCACCUUCCACGAAGGCCGCGGUUUCUCUCUCCCCGCCGGCGCCGAGCAGAUCUUCCAGCCUCGCCACGGUGCAUCUCUGUCCAGCGGUAGCGGCUUCUCUGUAGCCGGUGCACGCCCUGGCUCGGCCAGCAACUCUGGCUAUGGCUCGUAUGCUCCUGGACGUCCCCAAUCGUCACAAGGAGGCAUCAACGCCGCCCCCUCGGUCCACGGCCGUUACUCUUCCAAGUACCUCCCUUACGCCCUCGUCGAUUUCGACAAGCAACAAGUCUUUGUGAACUCCGUCUCAGGUACACCAGAGAAGCCUGUCUGGGCUGGCGAGAACACACAAUACAAGUUCGAUGUGUCUCGUGUUUGCGAACUUAACCUCUCCAUCUACAUCAGAAACCCCAACGCUCCUCCCAAUGCCGGUAGAAACGACGACAUCUUCCUGGGAACGUGCAGAAUCAACCCUCGUUUCGAAGAAGUUCACCCCUAUGAGGAAGACCCCAAGUUGGGCAGAAAAGACAGAGAGAAGGCCGCUUUCGCCCACGCCGAGAAGGCAAAGACUCAAGGCCAGUCUGGCACCGAGUGGGUGGACCUUCAGUACGGAACCGGAUCAAUCAGAUGUGGUGUCAAAUUCGUCGAAAACCGACAAAGGUCGCUUAAGAUUGAGGAUUUCGAACUGCUUAAGGUUGUAGGCAAGGGCAGUUUCGGAAAGGUCAUGCAAGUGCAGUGCCGCGACACCCGCCGAAUCUACGCCCUCAAGACGAUCAGAAAAGCUCACAUCAUCUCACGCUCAGAAGUCGCUCACACCCUUGCCGAGCGUUCGGUGCUGGCUCAGAUCAACAAUCCGUUCAUCGUUCCCAUGAAAUUCUCGUUCCAAUCUCCAGAGAAGCUGUACAUUGUGCUGGCCUUUGUCAAUGGUGGCGAGCUUUUCCACCAUCUACAAAAAGAGCAGCGCUUCGACAUCAACCGAUCUCGUUUUUACGCUGCCGAACUCCUGUGCGCGCUUGAGUGUCUACACGGAUUCAACGUCAUUUACAGAGACUUGAAGCCCGAAAACAUCUUGCUUGACUACACUGGCCACAUUGCUCUGUGCGAUUUCGGUCUGUGCAAACUCGACAUGAAGGAUGAGGACAAGACAAACAAAUAUCUCGCACCCGAGCUGCUUCACGGCACUGGAUACACCAAGACAGUCGAUUGGUGGACACUGGGUGUCCUUCUCUACGAGAUGUUGACAGGACUGCCGCCCUUCUACGACGAGAACACCAACGACAUGUACCGCAAGAUCUUGGCAGAGCCUCUACACUUCCCUGGCCCUGAGAUUAAGCUGCUCGACAGAGAUCCGACAAAGAGAUUGGGUGUCAACGGUGCAGCAGAGAUCAAGGCACACCCCUUCUUCCACAGCAUUGACUGGAGAAAGCUCUUGGAUCGCAAGUACGAGCCCAGCUUCAAGCCUAAUGUGGUGAACACGGCCAACUUUGAUCGCGAAUUCACAUCAGAAGCACCUACAGACUCGUACGUCGAGGGACCAAUGCUCUCAUCAACGAUGCAACAGCAAUUCGCCGGAUGGUCGUACAACCGCCCAGUCGAAGGAUUGGGCGAUGCAGGAGGCAGUAUCAAGGAUCCAUCUUUCAUGACUCACUGA